GAGUAAGUAGGAAGAUUUUUCUCCCUUAGAUAAGAAUCUUUUCGAGCAGAAGACCCGUCGUUUGCUCCCCAAGAGGUCCAAUUUCCGUUGAACAUUGACUAGACAGCUCGUCACCGUUGUGAAUUUUACGACGCCGUGACGAAAUCGCGCAUGUGCCCUAUCGUGCCGGCUGCAUUCCCUGCUGCUAGACGUCCUCACGACCCUUACACCGCAGUACCUCGUUCUCGUCGAGACGUCGAGGGUCGCCGGGCGUCGCGACGUCACCAUCGAACAUACGUGCGUGCUCACGUUAAGUGUCAACCCCUUUGACUUCCGUAAUCAUCGUUUGUAACAAAGAUUUUUUAGCUGUGCCACGGACCUCGCCUUUCUCUAGAGCACGAAUGAACCGCGAGGCGAUCGUCAGGGGUGUGAGGAUGCUGAAGAUCGUCAAAGCUAGCUCGAAUGGACUGAGACGGUUGCACACGAGCAAUAAGAGACGAGCCGCUGUACCAGCGUCAAAGAAGCUCGGAACUGCAAAGUACUUGGAUGGUGCUUUCGGAAGUGCCUUAGAAUUGGAACGAGCGCAAACACGCGAGUACAGCUUCAUUCAUGACAGCCAUUACAUGUAUACCAGAGAUCAGGACCAAGCGACGAACGCCGAGGAUGUUCUGUUCGAUAUGUUCAAAAACGAAGAAACCGGUCUUCUACCGGUGGGCAAGUUUUUAGCUGCUUUGAGGACAACCGGCUUACGAAACGACGACCCUAGACUGCAAGAAUUCACGGACAAUCUGCGAAAGGAACACUUGAAAAGCGGCGGACACGAAGGUGUUUCGCACGAGACACAAAAAUUGAACAGAGAUCAAUUUAGGAGGAUCAUAAACCCGAACAUAGUAUUAAUCUCGAGGGCGUUCAGACAUCAGUUCAUUAUCCCUGACUGGUCGGGUUUCACCAAGCACAUAGAAGACUUCUAUUGGAAAUGCAAGUCGAACUCGGAGGGCAAGGUCGCCUCCUACAUACCUCAACUGGCGAGAAUGAAUCCGGAUUACUGGGGCGUUUCAGUGUGUACGAUCGAUGGACAGAGGUUCAGCAUCGGCGACACCUCGAUCCCGUUCACCUUGCAAAGUUGCAGCAAACCAUUAACUUAUGCUAUAGCUUUGGACAGAUUGGGGCAGGAAGUUGUCCAUCAGUAUGUCGGUCAAGAACCGUCUGGAAGAAAUUUUAACGAACUGGUGCUCGAUUACAACAAAAAACCCCAUAAUCCCAUGAUCAAUGCGGGAGCGAUACUGGUUUGUUCCCUUCUGAAAUCGUUGAUCAAGCCCGAGAUGACUUUAGCGGAGAAGUUUGACUUCACGAUGAAUUAUUUCAAGAGGUUGGCAGGUGGAGAAAACCUCGGCUUCAACAAUGCUGUCUUUUUGUCCGAACGAGAAGCUGCCGAUAGAAAUUACGCGCUGGGUUUCUACAUGAGGGAGCAUAAUUGCUAUCCCGAUAAAUCGAAUUUGCGAGAAAUAAUGGAUUUUUAUUUCCAGGAUAUCUUUUUUAUCAAGUGCUGCUCCAUGGAGGCAAAUUGUGACACGAUGUCGGUGAUGGCAGCCACAUUGGCCAACGGUGGCAUAUGUCCCAUCACGGAAGAGAAAGUGUUAAAACCUGACAGCGUUCGAGAUGUCUUGAGUUUGAUGCACAGUUGCGGAAUGUAUGACUACAGUGGCCAGUUUGCGUUUAAGGUUGGCAUUCCAGCAAAGUCCGGAGUGUCAGGAAGCCUUCUGGUGGUUAUUCCGAACGUAAUGGGCAUUUGCACCUGGUCACCUCCGUUGGAUCCUCUAGGAAAUUCCUGUCGAGGCGUACAGUUUUGCGAGGAACUCGUGUCCGAGUUCAAUUUCCACAGCACCUACUAUGAUCACAGGUACGAUAACCUGAAGCACGCGACUAAUAAGAAGGAUCCAAGAAGGCACAAAUACGAAACCAAAGGAUUGUCAAUCGUCAACCUCUUGUUCAGUGCAGCCAGUGGCGAUGUUACCGCGAUGAGGAGGCAUCGAUUAAGCGGAAUGGACAUGACGCUAUCAGAUUACGACGGCAGGACAGCUUUGCAUUUGGCAGCCAGCGAAGGACAUCUGGAUUGUGUCGAGUUUCUGAUCGAGCAAUGCGGGGUUCCAGACGAACCCAAGGACAGGUGGGGGAAACGACCAAUUGAUGAAGCAGAAGCUUUCGGACACAUGCAAGUGGUGGAAUAUCUGAGCAAUUAUGCAAUGUCUCGAAAAUCGGAACCAGAAAACGAAGAGAAAGAAGCUACCGAAGAAAAUCCAGAUUCUCGAAAAGUUGUAGAAUCCGCGGGCCAAACUCCUCUACCUUAAACAGAUUUCGUUCUAGAUAGGAUAUUUUUCAAAAAGUAAUGAACUUAAAUAGACGUACAUUUGGACGUAACGUAAGCUUCGUCUGGCUUGCUCUGGCUCUCUUUAGGUUCUGCCCGAAUGCUCCCAAAAUCGAUACAUCGUAACUAAGAGAAGCGUGCGUUAUAUCCAAGUGUACGUGAUCUAACCAAAAGGAAAAUGGAAACUCGAGUUAACGAAUUAUUUUCUUACGAUGCAUACAGUUCGGUCAAUUUCUUUUACUUCUACAUUUUUAGAGCUAAAUAGCAGUUUAGACUCCCUGUAACCUAUGGUAAUGAUAUGAGCACCGUAUGCAUUCUUCGUUUACAUGUAUGUGGAUCUCAGGGAACGCAACACUUCUUUCCAGCUUUAUAUUUUAAGGUCAUUUUCGUGUUUUUUUUUCCAUUUCUUCUUGUUGCGUUUACUUUCUGAGACGAUGAUUGGCCAGGGUUACAGGUUAUUAGCGAAUAAGGUAAAGAUACUUUGCAGUAUUAUUUGCGUGAUUUAAGUCGUAUCUUAUAUGUUAAGCAGUAGACAGUAUUUUUAAUUCGUUAAGUUCUAACGAAGCUCGGUAUACAUAUUAAAAUAAUCGAUGAACAAUUUCCAUUCUGAAACAUUGUACAAUCAAGAAAAACGAUGUACGUUCAA